AAAGUCACUUAAGAAAUUAAUAUCUUUUAAUGUUAAUUCAAAAAUACUACAACAAUUACAGUAAUUUAAAUUAAUUACACAUUUCUCCCAACAAGAACACCUUCUGUAAAAAUUGUAAUAUACGGAGUUACCGUUAAACUUGUGCGUAAUUGUGGUAGUGAAAAUCUUUAGUCGUACACCAACGCAUCCUCACACUCACGUCAGUGUAUCGACGUGACGUUCCUGUGCGACGGGACCAACACUUGACUCCCUUGCAAGACCAAGUCACAUUAUACGUCUGCCCUCCGACCCGACCACUCAGCCGUGACCAUCCCCCGAAACAGGGAUAGUGCAUCGAUAAACGACUGUUGGUUGCUCUCGCCAAUUUUACAGAUACUUGUGCCGUUGGACAGUGACGUGUUUGUCUCAUCGUGUGCCAAUAUCAAAUUUUGCUGUUUAACAAGAUCACGGACGAAUUGUUAAGAAUUCGACGUACAAAUUUGAACGUCUCUUCGCUCCGUAAUUAAAUUGACAGUUCACACGUGAGCGCUCCACCGAGAUUUCUGCGCGUGAAUUUAAGACUCUUGAUAAAUGUAUGAAUUUAUAAUCAAGUUUGACAAUUAACGAAGCAAUCAAGAUCUCUACGAAGGGCGAGACUUAUUUGUUGAACAUUAACUGAGUUAACGCUUAAAGAAAUAAUCGUCGGAGUACGAUCAGACAAUCGAAUCGCGUGUGUACCGUGAGUGUACCGAGGCUCCAAACUCUGCAAAGUGAAGAGAAACUUCAGUUGCUGAAUUAAAGAGCCGAGACUCGUUUAAGAAGAAAUACAAUGCGUCGGGAAUUUUUUCUGAGGAAGUGACGUCCGACGCAUCACAAGUGACCCGGUCGACAAUCGAAAAAUGCUUUAGAAUGUUGUCCUCUUCGGUGUCAACUCCAUUCAGCGUUCGUGAUAUCCUCAGCGAAGAUCAACAACUUGGUGUCAUGGAUUGUUACGCGCAUCAUCAAAAUCAAACUCAGCAGCAACAUGUGCACCAAGAGUAUUAUUCGUAUUCUAACGUUGUCCUAGACAGCAAUUGGGAAAUGGAUAAAUUUAAGGAUCAACCGAUGUCUAGCUAUCAACAUUACUCGGAUCUCAACCACGUUCACCAAUUGAGUCAGGUGGUACCGCCGUAUCAAGAGACUUCUAUUACCGAAGACGGUAAUAUUGUUACGUCCAGCAAAACGGAAUUGCGCAAAAGCCAAUCCGGUAAAAGAACGAAACGGAAGCCACGAGUGUUGUUCUCGCAAACACAAGUUUAUGAAUUAGAACAGCGAUUCAAGCUGCAGCGAUAUCUAAGCGCACCUGAAAGAGAAAUGUUGGCCCAAACUCUGAAGUUAACCAGCACUCAAGUGAAGAUUUGGUUCCAGAAUCGACGUUAUAAGAACAAACGCGCCCGGAUCGAGGACGCCGAGAAGCUGCAGGCACAAAAUAUGAAGAAUCAGCCCCUGAAAAAGAUCGCCGUACCGAUCCUCAUCAAAGACGGUAAACCCAAUGUACAAGAGCCCUACAACGCACCUUACUGGCCGAAUAUCCGAUCGGAUUUAAGCGCUCCGAUACAAACGGACUUUAGGACAAACGAUAUUCGUCUCAGUCCGGACUUCAGGUCCAAUUCAAACGAGGUGAGGAUUGAUUCCAACAUUAGUCCGGAGUACAAACCGGAAAUAAAUUCAGAGAUGCCCGGAAGAUCAGGUCUGAACGACAUGCCGGACAGGCAGCACGUUCCAGAAUACAGAGGCAAUUUUGUGACGGAAGUCCCGCCAAAUGUGCACGAUUGCAGUCGAUUAAUCAAGACAGAAUUUAAGACAUGUGCGAAUGUCAACGAAGCCGUAUCGUAUCCAGACUUGAAAACUGUUCAGCCCGAUAACAAACAGCUUAUGACUGAUAGGCGAAUGUCUAUGGAUGUCUCUAAUGGCGAGUAUGGAUUUUCAAAUUACAUUGCUCCCACCAAUUACCAAAUGCAGUACGUGAAUUAUAUGGAGCAGGUACCCAUGGAUCAAAAUCUGCAGCGAUUGUGGUAGGUGCACCAAAAAAAAUUUAUCUCACGUAAAAGUUUCAAAUAAUUAAAUCGCAAUUUAUAUCUUCGGAUCUACAGUGGUUCUAUUGAUAAGAACAACUCAGAUUUAGCAACUAAUUGAGAAAGGAAGAGAGAAAGAGAGAGAGGGAGAGGGAGAGAUAUUAUCACUUGAAUCUUUUCAAAUAAUCUUUAAAUUAAUUAUGUGUGUUGCUGAAAAGACUUUCACAUCGAUAAAUAUUCGAAUUUUAUUAUCAAUCUACUUAUUAAUAUCGAUUAUUGAUUAAUUUAGAAUCGAUAUGAUGAAGAUGAUUAGUAAAAUGAUAAUUUAAUCUUAGAGAACGGAUUAUACUUUUAUCUUUUUAUAUUGUGUACAAUAUUUUUUAUGCAUGUCACAUAAUAAAAAGGCGAGUUAUUCAUCAAUCAUCCUUUAUAUAAUUUAUCUAAUAAGUUAAAAGGUAUUACAUUAAUACUUUGACGUUAAAUUAAAUUGCUGAAUCUCGGCAAAAGAUACCUAAAGAUGUGUUGGCGAAAGAAAUAAUACAUCGAAGAAUACACCAAAGAUGUAUUAAACUUUAAUUAUUCUCUAUAUGUAAGCGAUUGAUGCUAAUUGUAAGCUAGAAAUACGCUAUCUAGAGAAUAAACUUGCGAUGGCAGCUGUUUUUUAGUGAGCUAAGAUAUUCCCUUUGAAAUAAUAACGCGCCGUACAAGAGAGCGGAAAUUGCUUCAAGUGGUCUUUGCGGAAACAUCGAGCACUUUUCCGCGGAUGUUGUGUGCCUCGGAAAGUUUUUUUUCCUCUGACUUUCAAGUGCAGACGUUAGUUGUGCAAUAAAUUAAUUUCGUUCAGAUGGUAUCUUGCUGAAUAGAAACAGAAUUGUGUAUAUUGUCGACAAGUUACGAGAAAUGUUCAGUUUUCUAUUAAAUAUGUAACACAAAUAUGAAAGUAUUGUAU